CAUUGGUGAAUUUACAAUUUCGUAUCUUGCUGUUUAUGUUGGGUUAUGUUGUGAUCGUAAGCCCAUUUUUUGAAAUCCAAUUGUUUAUUGAAAUUUAUUUAUUAUUCUCACUUGCCAAAUAGAGAUAUCCAUAUCUUCUGGAAGCUAUAUUCUACCUGAUAUAUUUGCUCUAAGGUUUGGUUGAACAAUGUUUUAUCACAUAUCACUAGAUCACGAGAUAUUAUUACAUCCACGAUAUUUCGGAAAACAACUUCAUGAAACUGUCAAGCAGAAAUUGUACACCGAAGUAGAAGGAACUUGCACAGGAAAGUAUGGCUUUGUUGUGGCUGUCACCACCAUUGACAACAUUGGAGCUGGGAUAAUUCUACCCGGCCAAGGUUUUGUUGUCUACCCUGUCAAGUUCAAAGCAAUUGUGUUCAGGCCGUUCAAAGGAGAAGUUCUUGAUGCAGUUGUAACGCAAGUUAAUAAGGUCGGCAUGUUUGCUGAAAUUGGUCCAUUAUCUUGCUUCAUCUCGCACCAUUCAAUUCCAGCUGAUAUGCAGUUCUGUCCGAAUUCAAAUCCUCUUUGUUAUAAAUCAAAAGAUGAGGAUGUUGUAAUACAAUCUGACGACGAAAUUCGGCUAAAAAUUGUUGGUACCAGAGUGGAUGCAUCUGGCAUUUUUGCAAUUGGAACCUUGAUGGAUGACUUCUUAGGUUUGGUGUUGUGAAUUGAGUGAUAUCCGGACUGUCAAAAUGUUUUUACAAACUGUCACUUUCUGUGUGCUGAGAAAACCUGAGAAUGUGAAUGAUGUACCCUGUGAAUUAUGUAUUUAAGUUAAUAGAUUUCUAUAAAAAGAAUCAUUCUGUAA